AUGGCUUCGGUUCCAAGCGAAAAUGAUAGGAAUAUCAAGAAGAAAAUACUGAACGCUGCUAGAUCUAUAAGAAAAAAGUAUUUGGCUUUAAAGCUGGAGAGAAAAGAGGAAGAUGAGGCACUUGAUAGGAUAAUAAACCCUAUAACUGAACCUCUAAGAGAGUUUGUUGAGAAAACGGUUGGCAGAAAAGUCCAAGUUAAACAUGAAAAAGUUAAGCUCGAAGCUCCUAAAACGUAUUUUGAAUCUGAACCGAAACUUCCUAGAAAUGUAGAGUUCCAACCAGCAGAGAUUAUUGCUCAAACGAGUGAGAAUUUAAAAAGUGAUGAUGAUGAUGAUGAUGAUGAUGAUGGCGCUGAGGAUGUCUUUUAUGAACCCUUACAACAUUUGAAAGAAAAUCUGCAGAAAUCAAUUCACGAUAGAUCAGGAGCGUAUGAAGAAUUUUUAGAUCAGUAUCCCAAAGUAGCACAAGAGUAUGUAGAUAGAUACUAUAAACAAUCAGAUGAAAUAGACCAUUCUUAUGGCUUGAAACAUGAUAUGAAAACCGAUGAUUGGUCUAUGGGAUCACAAAAAGUCAACUUUCUCCCGAAUGGAGAUAUUAAAGUCGGGGCUGUAUCUUAUAAAGGAACGCAGGGCUUAUAUGAUCUUUUAUUUCUGAAAAAGCCGAUCUAUCAGACAGAGGAUGAUAAGUUGCAGUUCACGGAUAUUCUAAACAGGACCAAUGUUCAUCGAAGAUAUUUUGAUCCAUCCAAACAAGUUAAAGGGUCCACAUCUUCAAAAUAUAGACAGUUUGUUAAACCUUUGGUCUCAUCUUCAUCUGAAGCAAAAAGGCUUAAAUCAAAAACAAAUGCUAUUCUCCCUUCUCAGAGGAGAAAUGUCAAUUUUAAAGAAGGACUUAACCCCAGAUAUAACCAAGUAGCAUCUACAAUUCAGAAUAGGAAAAAACCUCAAGGAGGAUUUGACAGGGCCGCCCAUAACGAAGCUCUUUUGUUCCCCAAUUCGCGUAUUCCUAAUCAAGAUAACAAAAACAAAUGUGCAAACUCUGACCAUUUUCCCACAUUAAUUGAAUUCAAUUCUACGCCAGAAAUGGAUAGAAAUUUAAAUUUUAGACCCUAUCAACCUCUUAGACUACAUCCCCUCCUCUACCAUUCAUUCUACACAAAUUUGAAACAUGAUGCUGAUGCUCAAUCUACAAGUGGCACCCAACAGGUUUCAGCUCAAGAUACUGAAGAUAACGAAGAUGAAGAAGUCAGUAUGGUACUGGAAUCAGAUUAUGAAUAA